CGCCGUUCGCCCUGAGGUCCCAGAUCAGAUUGAGCUGCAGCCCGGCCUCCGUCUGUCCCUGCCCAUCAUUAAAAGCCCGGGGCGUCCACCGUCCGUGCCCCCUGCCCGCAGCCCCAGCAUGGCCCUCGCUAUCAAGCUCAUCGUCCCACACCCCGUCGGCGCAACACCGACCACCCGCCGCCUCACCUUCCCCGACCAGCCCGACUGGGCCGAACUCGCCGCCCGCAUCGCCGCCCUCUGCGGCACCGCGCUCGACAACGUCGCCGUCUCCUACACCGACCCCGACGGCGACGUCGUCACCCUCAGCACCCCCGACGAGCUCAACGACUUCUUCGCCUCCCACCCCGCAGGCCAACCCAUCCGUUUCACGGCCCAGGACCUCUCCCGCCGCGCGGUGCACGUCCCGCCCCCGCCCUCGUCGAUUGCCCCCUCGUCCUCCUCCAUCUCGAUCGACGAGUCCAUCACUCUUCCAGACGACGAAGAUGCUGCCCGCCGGCGCGAAGACGGCCCCUCAUCCCGCGGCCGCACGCACCAGCGCUCCCGCACGCCUGCGGACCCCUACGCAGACCUCGACAUCGAUUCGCAGCUCGAUUCGCUCCUCGCCGGCGCAGAAGUCUAUCGCGACCCAGGCGGAUACGAAGGAUUCCGCGGCCGCGGACGCUGCGGAGGCAGGGGACGCUUCCGUCACUACGGUCUGCACGGCUGGGGCCCACCCGGCCCUCCUGGUCCCUGGGGCCCGCCGCCUCCCCCGCCUCCCCACCACUGGGGAGGUCCCUGGGGCCCGCCUCACCACCACGGCCCUCCGUGGAAGCACCACCACUUCCACCCUUACGGCGGCGGCGGCCCACCCCACUGGCGUCACUACGGCUACGGCGGCCCGCCCUUCUGGCCGCCCCCGCCCCCGCCUCCUCCUCCUCCCUCCGGCGAAGGCUGGGACGAGCGCCGCCGCACGCGCUCGCGUUCGCGCACCCCCGAGCGCACGCCAGGAGGAAGCCAGCCCGACAGGUCCCCGCAGCCGCCGCGCUCCCCCAGACCUGCUCCCUCGCCCUCGCCGGGAGAUCCUACCCCUCCCCGCCCGCGCUCGCCCCCGACUCACUCCCCGCACCCAGGACCGUCGCCUCGCAGCCCCCAUCACCGCGAUCGUCGGCCUCCUCAUCCGCUGCCGCCCCCGGCACACUACCCACCCCCUGCGCAUCCGCACUUCCCCUACCCGCCGCCGCCGCCCCACUGGGGCCGCCACCACGGGCCUCCUCAUCACCACCACCCGUGGGGCCCACCCGGCCCGCCGCCCUACUAG